GCCACUAUCCCUAUGUAAUGUGAUUCCACAGCAGUCUCCUAAUGGUAGUGGCAAGUGUCAGGGAAAGAUGAUAAGGGAGGUAGGAAUGCCUGGCAUACUUUCCACCAUCCUGUUGCAUUUGCUCCCUAUUUCAAAGGCACCACUGACUAAGAGAGGACGCUGCUUCUAGAAAUGACCAGAGAAUAACAACACAGGGUGGUACAACUACAACAAUUAGUCAAAGAAGAGUUUAAAGAGUGGAUGAACAGGCAGUUGUUCAGCUAUGUCUGAGACCAUGUCAUCUCAGAGGAAGCCCUCGGUUAACAAGAAUAUAAAGAAGCUGCGUACACUGAGCGUUGUGUGCAACCUGGCACGGAGCUGGCAACAGUGGAUAUGUGAGAACGAAGAAAAGCAGGCUAAUGAACCCACAGGAUGGGCCCCAGACAGCUAUGACAAGCCCCAAACUGAAAAGAAAGAACCAAAGAAACCUGUAUCUACUGAGAAGAAGACAAAAAAAUCUCAGGACAAUGAGCAUGGACCAGAGGAUUCCCGCAUUAAGACCAAACAGGUGGUGAAAACAGUGACGCGAGAUGUCCAGGAGAAGAGCGCAGGCAUUGAGUUCCUGACCAACCGCAUUUGUAAAGAUCCAAAGGCAGAAGAGCUGGACAGGAUGCUGAAAAAUAAGAGUUCACCCACCCUGCGCAGAAAAUGCUCCAACAUGGUGUCAGAGCUGACACAGAGCUGGAAGACAGUAGAAAAUGGACGGAAGAGAGUGGGGGAGUCCAGCGAGGGCAGUGGAAUCUCUGAGGCCAAGGAGAGAGUUCUGGAGCUGGACAUUUCAGAGAAUCAGGAAAAUGAUGAAGAGAAUGAAACAUCACUCAGGCUCAAGAGACCAUCAUCACUUGGGGCCAAGAAGGAAGUGGAGGAUGCCAACAAAAUAAAUGCCCGCUCCAACAAGUACAGCGCUGUGGGGAACCUCAAGAGCCGCUGGCAAAACUGGGCAUCAGAGCACAGCACCAGCCAAAAACUGAACCCCUUCAGUGAUGAUUUUGACUAUGAGUUCUCCAUGUCCUCGCGACUGCGGAAGGGAGAGGAGGGCUAUGGCAGGCCUAAGGAGGGCAGCAAGACGGCAGAGAGAGCCAAACGGGCUGAGGCACACAUCCAUCGAGAGAUUGAGCACCUGUGCUUUAUCAUAAGUACCAUGGCUCACCCUGACCCAGAUGGCUGCACCCGGGUCACCUUUGGUGAGCUGUUUGACAGAUAUGUGAGGAUUUCAGACAAGGUAGUGGGCAUCCUGAUGAGGGCCAGGAAGCACGGCAAGGUGGACUUUGAGGGGGAGAUGUUGUGGCAGCGUCAGGAUGAUGACGUUAUCAUUACACUGCUUGCGUGACACAAAUCAUUUUAUAACAUAAUGUACUCCAACAACAAAAGGAGCGUUGACUUUGCUGCUAUACUGUAGAAUGGAAGAAGAAUUACUAGAUAAUAAUGGUAGGAAUGUAGCACUGAUGCUAUUGGUAAAUUAUUUUAUUGCUGGAUUUUAGAUUCUAAGUUUCUCAAGACUGAUGAACUGAUGUUUUUAUUUUAAGACAACUGAAUUGAUCUGUAAUGUGUGUGCAUGUUUGUAUUCGCUAGAAAACAGACUGCAGUCCAGUUCUGUUUUCGGUAUGCCCUGGCUGAUCUCCACGGAUGACUCAAAAGUGCUACAGUAUGUCACACAAAUUGCAGGUUGCAGGAGAGCAGAUUUUUCAAUCAUACUGUAACAUUGCAUGAAAAGUCAUAUAAUCCUGGUAACCUGCUAAUAUGUUAAAAUAUCAAGCAUGCUAAAUAGUGAGCACAAGAAAGUCAUAAAAAUUACAUCAGCUGUCAUGUAGGGAAAACAUAUUCAAAUAUGGCAA